AUGGAGGAUUCUGAGACUGAAAGCAAUGACAAGGCAAAACCCUCUACUUAUAUCAGAGAAUCUGAUAUAGGAGAUGAGGGCGGUGAUGAGGCGGGAAUGCUUGGGAAUUCAGAUGCUAUGGAUUAUGAAGUGAGGACAGGGGCAGGGAGCACAACAGGACAGGGGCAGGGAGCACAACAGGACAGGGGCAGGGAGCACAACAGGACAGGGGCAGGGAGCACAACAGGACAGGGGCAGGGAGCACAACAGGACAGGGGCAGGGAGCACAACAGGACAGGGGCAGGGAGCACAACAGGACAGGGGCAGGGAGCACAACAGGACAGGGGCAGGGAGCACAACAGGACAGGGGCAGGGAGCACAACAGGACAGGGGCAGGGAGCACAACAGGACAGGGGCAGGGAGCACAACAGGACAGGGGCAGGGAGCACAACAGGACAGGGGCAGGGAGCACAACAGGACAGGGGCAGGGAGCACAACAGGACAGGGGCAGGGAGCACAACAGGACAGGGGCAGGGAGCACAACAGGACAGGGGCAGGGAGCACAACAGGACAGGGGCAGGGAGCACAACAGGACAGGGGCAGGGAGCACAACAGGACAGGGGCAGGGAGCACAACAGGACAGGGGCAGGGAGCACAACAGGACAGGGGCAGGGAGCACAACAGGACAGGGGCAGGGAGCACAACAGGACAGGGGCAGGGAGCACAACAGGACAGGGGCAGGGAGCACAACAGGACAGGGGCAGGGAGCACAACAGGACAGGGGCAGGGAGCACAACAGGACAGGGGCAGGGAGCACAACAGGACAGGGGCAGGGAGCACAACAGGACAGGGGCAGGGAGCACAACAGGACAGGGGCAGGGAGCACAACAGGACAGGGGCAGGGAGCACAACAGGACAGGGGCAGGGAGCACAACAGGACAGGGGCAGGGAGCACAACAGGACAGGGGCAGGGAGCACAACAGGACAGGGGCAGGGAGCACAACAGGACAGGGGCAGGGAGCACAACAGGACAGGGGCAGGGAGCACAACAGGACAGGGGCAGGGAGCACAACAGGACAGGGGCAGGGAGCACAACAGGACAGGGGCAGGGAGCACAACAGGACAGGGGCAGGGAGCACAACAGGACAGGGGCAGGGAGCACAACAGGACAGGGGCAGGGAGCACAACAGGACAGGGGCAGGGAGCACAACAGGACAGGGGCAGGGAGCACAACAGGACAGGGGCAGGGAGCACAACAGGACAGGGGCAGGGAGCACAACAGGACAGGGGCAGGGAGCACAACAGGACAGGGGCAGGGAGCACAACAGGACAGGGGCAGGGAGCACAACAGGACAGGGGCAGGGAGCACAACAGGACAGGGGCAGGGAGCACAACAGGACAGGGGCAGGGAGCACAACAGGACAGGGGCAGGGAGCACAACAGGACAGGGGCAGGGAGCACAACAGGACAGGGGCAGGGAGCACAACAGGACAGGGGCAGGGAGCACAACAGGACAGGGGCAGGGAGCACAACAGGACAGGGGCAGGGAGCACAACAGGACAGGGGCAGGGAGCACAACAGGACAGGGGCAGGGAGCACAACAGGACAGGGGCAGGGAGCACAACAGGACAGGGGCAGGGAGCACAACAGGACAGGGGCAGGGAGCACAACAGGACAGGGGCAGGGAGCACAACAGGACAGGGGCAGGGAGCACAACAGGACAGGGGCAGGGAGCACAACAGGACAGGGGCAGGGAGCACAACAGGACAGGGGCAGGGAGCACAACAGGACAGGGGCAGGGAGCACAACAGGACAGGGGCAGGGAGCACAACAGGACAGGGGCAGGGAGCACAACAGGACAGGGGCAGGGAGCACAACAGGACAGGGGCAGGGAGCACAACAGGACAGGGGCAGGGAGCACAACAGGACAGGGGCAGGGAGCACAACAGGACAGGGGCAGGGAGCACAACAGGACAGGGGCAGGGAGCACAACAGGACAGGGGCAGGGAGCACAACAGGACAGGGGCAGGGAGCACAACAGGACAGGGGCAGGGAGCACAACAGGACAGGGGCAGGGAGCACAACAGGACAGGGGCAGGGAGCACAACAGGACAGGGGCAGGGAGCACAACAGGACAGGGGCAGGGAGCACAACAGGACAGGGGCAGGGAGCACAACAGGACAGGGGCAGGGAGCACAACAGGACAGGGGCAGGGAGCACAACAGGACAGGGGCAGGGAGCACAACAGGACAGGGGCAGGGAGCACAACAGGACAGGGGCAGGGAGCACAACAGGACAGGGGCAGGGAGCACAACAGGACAGGGGCAGGGAGCACAACAGGACAGGGGCAGGGAGCACAACAGGACAGGGGCAGGGAGCACAACAGGACAGGGGCAGGGAGCACAACAGGACAGGGGCAGGGAGCACAACAGGACAGGGGCAGGGAGCACAACAGGACAGGGGCAGGGAGCACAACAGGACAGGGGCAGGGAGCACAACAGGACAGGGGCAGGGAGCACAACAGGACAGGGGCAGGGAGCACAACAGGACAGGGGCAGGGAGCACAACAGGACAGGGGCAGGGAGCACAACAGGACAGGGGCAGGGAGCACAACAGGACAGGGGCAGGGAGCACAACAGGACAGGGGCAGGGAGCACAACAGGACAGGGGCAGGGAGCACAACAGGACAGGGGCAGGGAGCACAACAGGACAGGGGCAGGGAGCACAACAGGACAGGGGCAGGGAGCACAACAGGACAGGGGCAGGGAGCACAACAGGACAGGGGCAGGGAGCACAACAGGACAGGGGCAGGGAGCACAACAGGACAGGGGCAGGGAGCACAACAGGACAGGGGCAGGGAGCACAACAGGACAGGGGCAAGGAACACAACAGGACAGGGGCAAGGAACACAACAGGACAGGGGCAAGGAACACAACAGGACAGGGGCAAGGAACACAACAGGACAGGGGCAAGGAACACAACAGGACAGGGGCAAGGAACACAACAGGACAGGGGCAAGGAACACAACAGGACAGGGGCAAGGAACACAACUGGACAGGGGCAAGGAACACAACAGGACAGGGGCAAGGAACACAACAGGACAGGGGCAAGGAACACAACAGGACAGGGGCAAGGAACACAACAGGACAGGGGCAAAGAACACAACAGGACAGGGGCAAGGAACACAACAGGACAGGGGCAAGGAACACAACAGGACAGGGGCAAGGAACACAACAGGACAGGGGCAAGGAACACAACAGGACAGGGGCAAGGAACACAACAGGACAGGGGCAAGGAACACAACAGGACAGGGGCAAGGAACACAACAGGACAGGGGCAAGGAACACAACAGGACAGGGGCAAGGAACACAACAGGACAGGGGCAAGGAACACAACAGGACAGGGGCAAGGAACACAACAGGACAGGGGCAAGGAACACAACAGGACAGGGGCAAGGAACACAACAGGACAGGGGCAAGGAACACAACAGGACAGGGGCAAGGAACACAACAGGACAGGGGCAAGGAACACAACAGGACAGGGGAAAGGAACACAACAGGACAGGGGAAAGGAACACAACAGGACAGGGGAAAGGAACACAGAACAGAAGCGGACAUUAUAAAUGCUCUAAAUGAGAUUUUAAAUAAUGAAUCUGAGGGUGAGCUGCUGGAGUCUUUAUGUGAGGAAGAAUUUCCAUCACCAAUAGUUCCGGAUUCUUCAUCAGCAGACGAUGUUACUACUGAGAAGGUUCUACUGAAUGCUGAUGAGAAAGGAACAGCUGCCACAAAGACUAAGUCAGCUCGAGGAAGUGGAUGUCCUGAAGGUCAGUGUGGGCAGCAAACUGCCCAGGGUUCUGGACUACUUCAGUUUCCUUCAGGUAGCGAUAUUGUAGCACCCGAUGGAACAACCUGGAAAGUUGGAGUAAUAGGUGACUGUUCAGCUGGAAGAUAUUGA